ACAAAUGUCAAGUCAAUAUCUGCCAACAAAGCUGCUAAGCAGAAACAUUUCUUUAGGCAGGAUCAUCAGUAUAACUGCUUUAUUUAUUACUGUCUUGUUUGUCUGUUUUUUGUUUUUCAGCUUAUGGACUCCAAUGGCACAAGUGGUGAUGUGCCUUUCCUUUAUCAGCAAGUCUUUCAGCUGGAUCGGGAUCCUCUCACCAUUUGUGAAACUAUAUUGGCUGUGUUAACAUCUCUGUUUUUCUUUUUUGUCAACUGCGUGAUGUUCCUGGCUCUAAAAAGCAAGCACAUAUUCUUUGAGACGCCACGCUAUAUUCUUUUUGGCCACAUGCUUAUGAAUGACUCUGUGCUUUUGCUGCUAACAACUGUCAUGUUCAUGUUGGCUCUGUGUGUUUAUCCAAUACAUAAAUCCAUAUGUACUCUGUUAGUCUUCAUUACUCACUGCGCUUUCCGUAAUGCUCCUCUGACUCUAGCACUGAUGUCUUUAGAGCGUUAUGUGGCAAUCUGCUUCCCUCUGAGACACUGCACCAUCGCCACACCUAAAAGAACUGGAAUCGCCAUUGGAAUCAUCUGGUUUCUGAGUUCUAUAAAUGUUAUCAUAGAUAUUAUUAUUGCUUUAGUUGAUAACCCCUAUGUUUUAGCAGAAAUUGAAUUUUGCACGCUACAGAAAUUGUAUAUAGCCAAAUGGCAGGUGGACAAAGCUCAGUGGUUUGAUGUGCUUUAUUUUGUGUCAGUUGCAGUUAUCAUUAUAUUCACAUAUAUCAUGAUUAUGAUCACAGCCAGGUCUGUUUCAUCUGAUAAAGAUUCUGCUAAAAAAGCCCUCAAAACAGUGAUGUUGCACUUGAUUCAGCUGGGACUGUGUCUCACCUCUUUUUUGUAUGCAACAAUAGAGUUAAUAUUAUACAUGGUGAUUGGAAGCACAUCGCCUCUCUUUAUAAAUCUGAGAUAUUUAAAUUAUUUUGUUGUUCUUAUUAUACCACGUUGCUUGAGUCCUCUGAUCUAUGGCAUGAGAGAUGAAGCCGUGUGGCCCUUGUUCAAAUAUUACUUCUGCUAUCAUUCAGGCAAAGUAAAGCCUUUUGUUAAUGUGCAUUAAUCGCAUGGUCUGAUGGGAUUUGAUAUAAUAGUGUCAAGUAAAAUUACAUAUACUUUAUGUUACUAUUAUUUAACUGUAUGUAAAGUAUUUUUUGACAUUUAAAAUGUAUGAGUGUAUGACUAUAUAUCAAAUUAUUAUGUAAACAAUUAAUUAAGCCUUUGAGUAGAUUUUAAAUGUGGUUUUAAACAGGUUUUGAGUUAUCUGUAGUUUGUUUAGUCUUAAACCUGUAAAGCCCUCAAGAAAGUGUUUGAAAGCAUUCAGUAUUCUCUGCCAGAAAUAUUUGUUUAAAUUGUUGAAAGGGCCAUACGUUUACUUUUCAUGUCUUAUUUCUAUUUUUUUGUCUUGUAUAAUAUAUAGGCUGAUGAAAAAAAUCAUACUCCCCUGCCGCUAAAAUAAAAUAUUGUCCCUACAAAUUGCAGUUAAGAGAUUGCUGUUAUAUUUUGAUCAUUAUAUUCAAAUAUAUCAUCAUUAUGAUCACAGCCAGGUCUGAUUCCUCUGAUAAUGAAUCUGCUAAAAAAAAAGCUCUAAGAACGGUGGCUUUGAUUCAGCUGCAACUUUGUUUCAUAUUUUUGUUUGCAACAAUAAAAAGAAAACUAUAAGGUGAUUGGAA